AUGGGAUGCGGUCGCCGUUCAGGGCGCUGCGCUUCUGGAGACUCCGUCUCCAGCCCUUUCCGCUCGACUGUCGCCCCAUGCUCUUGCGGCAGGCUUGUGGCAGACAUCUGGUGCUGGUCACGAGCCAGGCCAUCGUCGCCACGUCGCGCCCACCGUUGGCACCGCCGUCGCCGGCAGUCUCGUCCCCGGCGGGAGGCCCCUCGCCUCUGCCCGCAAGCAGCGGCCGGGCGUGGGCCGCCAGUCUGGGAAGCCCGCGCGCCAGGGCGACCUUUGGCUCAAGCAACUCUGGCCGCUCGGCGCUGGCCCUUGCCAGCCAGGUCACGAGCCCCGUGGCCCCGCCGCCGCCCACAGCCGGCCAUGCCCCGUCUGCAGCUCGCCGCAGCCCUGCUGCUGCUCUGCGGCUCCCUGACGGCUCCGCGAGCCCAG